GUCCCAGGCUAACCCUGCUCUCUGAAGAUGGAGGAAGUAAAAACAGGAUUACCCUUAGCUACAGAUCCACUGCUUACAGUUUCCAUAACCAACUGCAGUGCCCAAACACACAAGCAUUAGGCACAGAAAGCAAGGGAGAGGAGACACUAAUAAAAACACAAAACAAAAGGGUGAUGGAAGUGAGGCACUGCAUGCACUGCUGAGCACUGCACUUUGACUAUGGAAGCAGAGGCUACUGAUGGAUAUAUAACAUGUGACAAUGAGCUUUCGCCCGAAAGGGAGCACUCCAACAUGGCUAUUGACCUCACUUCAAGCACACCCAAUGGGCAGCAUACCUCACCGAGUCACAUGACAAGCACAAAUUCAGUAAAGCUAGAAAUGCAAAGCGAUGAGGAGUCUGACAGGAAACCUCUAAGCCGUGAAGAUGAGAUCAGGGGUCACGAUGAAGGAAGCAGCUUGGAAGAACCCCUCACUGAGAACAACGAGAUGGCGGACAACAGAAAGAUCCAGGAGCUGUCAGGCGAGGGAGGAAUCCGGCUUCCGAAUGGUAAACUGAAAUGUGACGUCUGUGGCAUGGUUUGCAUUGGGCCCAAUGUGCUUAUGGUACAUAAAAGGAGCCACACUGGUGAGCGCCCCUUCCAUUGUAACCAGUGUGGAGCUUCUUUUACGCAGAAGGGGAACCUGCUGAGGCAUAUCAAGUUGCACUCUGGGGAAAAACCGUUCAAAUGUCCCUUCUGCAGCUAUGCCUGCCGGAGAAGGGACGCCCUCACCGGACACCUCAGGACGCACUCUGUGGGUAAGCCUCACAAGUGUAACUACUGCGGCCGGAGCUACAAGCAGCGCAGUUCACUGGAGGAACACAAGGAACGCUGCCACAACUAUCUUCAGAAUGUCAGUAUGGAGGCUGCUGGGCAGGUCAUGAGUCACCAUGUACCUCCUAUGGAAGAUGGUAAGGAACAAGAGCCUGGGAUGGACAACAAUAUUUCUCUGGUGCCUUUUGAAAGACCUGCUGUUAUAGAGAAGCUGACAAGCAACAUGGGAAAGCGUAAAAGCUCCACCCCACAGAAGUUUGUGGGUGAAAAGAUCAUGAGAUUUGGCUAUCCAGAUAUUCACUUUGAUAUGAACUUAACCUAUGAGAAAGAGGCUGAGCUGAUGCAGUCUCACAUGAUGGACCAAGCCAUCAACAAUGCAAUCAACUACCUUGGAGCUGACGCACUUCACCCCCUGAUGCACCACACACCAAGCACAAUUGCAGAGGUGGCCCCGGUCAUCAGCUCAGCUUAUGCUCAGGUCUAUCAUCCUAGGAUAGAAAGGCCCAUUAGCAGGGAAACAGCUGACAGUCAUGAAAACAACAUAGAUGGCCCUAUCUCCCUCAUCAGACCAAAGAGUCGACCCCAGGAAAGAGAGGCCUCCCCCAGCAAUAGCUGCCUGGAUUCUACUGACUCGGAGAGCAGCCAUGAAGACCGCCAGUCCUACCAAGGAAACCCUGCCUUAAAUCCCAAGAGGAAGCAAAGCCCAGCUUACAUGAAGGAGGACACCAAGGCUUUGGAUGCCACAAAGGCUUCUAAGGGCUCUUUAAAGGAUAUCUAUAAGGUCUUCAAUGGAGAAGGGGAGCAGAUUAGGGCCUUCAAAUGUGAGCACUGUCGAGUUCUUUUCCUAGACCACGUCAUGUACACCAUCCACAUGGGUUGUCAUGGCUACCGGGACCCAUUAGAAUGCAACAUUUGUGGGUAUCGAAGCCAGGACCGCUAUGAGUUCUCGUCGCACAUUGUUCGAGGGGAGCACACAUUCCACUAGGCCUUCUCAUCCAAAGGGGACUCUUAUGAAGUAGAAGAACUGCACAUGAAGAAGUACUGCACUUACAAUCCCACUUUUCAUUGACCCACCUUUUGUUGUUGUUGUUUUGUUGUUGCUGUUGUUUAAUUAUUAUUAUUAACCUUAUUGUAUGGACCCAACCUCAGUCUCUCUGCCCAGUUUAAGAAUGGAAGGAAGGAAGGGAAGGGAUGAGAGAGUUUUGUGUUGUUGCUGUUGUUCUGUUUUGGUGAUCUGUCUAGCAUAUUUUGUGGGAAUUGAAAGGCAGUCCAUUUCUGUCACAGUUAGCUGUACAUCAUGUCAUAUGUUGGGUAUUGCUCAAUUCUGGUAGCUGCUUUAAAGUCAUAAUGAGUUCCCACCCAAUUGUAGAUUAAUAAUUUCAGGCAGAUAGGUAGAAACAUUUCAGAGGAAAGCCCUUUCAAAUGUAUAGCUAUGGUGGGGAAGAUAGGGGGAGUGGGCAAUUGUAUUCUACAGAAUGAACAAUUAUUUUUAAAGCAAAACUUUUAUUUUAGGGAUUUAGGAGCACGAAUCAAAGUCAAUAUUCCUUGCAAAAUUACUUCCGUGGGUGAGCUAUGUCCAUGGCUUCUGUGUUUACUUCCCCGUGGAAUGUAUACAAUAUGUAUGUGUAACACUGUACCACAUAACAAGAGUUUAGUUUCAUAAGUCUUGGGGCCUCCUGUGGUAAGUUUGAGGUUCUGUGAUGUUAUUUUACUUAACUUAUGAAACACAUUUUUAGAAUUGCUGAUUUGCUGUUAUUCCGUAAUUGUGUUGAUUCACUGGCUUCUUAUAGACCUCCUAGUAUCCAGACCUAGUUAGUUGCACCAUGUGUUUUUAAGAAACAUCAUUUACAAAUAACAUUUUUUACCUAGCUUCUAGGACAGUAAAUAUCCUAGGAGUGAAUACAAAUUCUGCAGUUUACUCAAGAGAUUCUGCUGCUGUUCUAAAAUAAUUUGGUUUUUAACAUUGCAAAUUUUAAAAUUGCAGAUGUGCUAGUAGCAAAGUGUUCUUUAAAACAUAUAUAUCAAAAACUGUCUCAUCUGAUCAUCUACAGGAUCAGCCUCUCAGCAGCAGCCUAAAGUAAGGCUUACUCCUCGGAAAACACUGGUGGCCAGUUUAUCAGCUGGCAUUAAUCAUCAGAGCUCUGUUGACUUCAAUGGAAUCCUCUGAGCUACACCAGCUCAGGAUCUGGCCCUAGCUAGCCACCUCUCCAAUGAAUCCUUUGCUUUGUAAUUUGUUGAAUCAGUGACUACCUAGUAUCCUUAAUUCCUCUUUAUUUUUUGGAUAGAAGCCCUUACAGCUCUUGAUGCACCCCUUCUGCUCUAGGAGAGUGUGAAUGCCAUGCGGAAAAACAGUUGCUAAUUUGAUUUGAUAUCACUUCACACUUUAGGAAAAGGGUACAUGAGCUAGAGGCACUAAGGGUAGUUUGAUUUAGUAUUAUUGACACUUACUAAUUUCACUGCAGGGAAGAAAAAAAAAAGCUGGUGUGAUCAGGCCAUUUAAGUACAGACCAAACAAGAACAAUGCCAACUCUUUUUUUCCUUUUCUUUUUCUGACAAUGCAAGACAGACGCCCCAGUCAAAAUCCUGUAGGUUGAGUUGAUUGCUCUACAGAAAGUAAGCUUAAACCCAACAUGAAACCCAACUCUUUUUAUAUCAAUCAUUAGUGAAAGUGAACUGCAAAAAUAGAGCUUUAAUCUGGAAACAUUUGCACAAGUGCAUAGCCUUUUUGCACAUGGGUACCUUGGUUGAGUUCAAUGAGAACUUUUCAUAUGAGUAAAGUUACUUAAGUGCAUACGCAAUUGAAGGAUGAGGCCAUAAUGAAUCCCCAUUUGCUCGUUUUGGUCUGUUUUUCUUAUCUUGCCAGACCUACAACAUUAGAAAGUAGGAGCUGAGUGGUAUUGAUUGAAAUCUUUUUAUGGCGACACACUUGGCAGUUAGAACCUGUGUUUUGAAAGGAUACAGUAGAUCAUGGCCAGAUUACCUGAUGACUGUUUCCCGGCACUGAAAUGCUAUUAAGUAGGAGCUGGUAAAGUUUAGCAGUAGCCUAUUAAUUAUAAUACAGUAUGGAUAGAAAUGUCCCCUUAUGUAAUGUGAGAGCUAUCAAGGAUGGGAAAGAAUGGACUUU